AUGAACACAUUUUAUUCAAUGCAGGUGGUAGAGCCAGAGAACGGGACCAAAGUUAGAGAGUCCUUCAAGUUUGUGUCGGAGGUGAAGAGGGAUGUAUGGAAGGACGGUGGAGAGGAGCGAUCAGAGCCCUCCUGCUGUCUCAGUGUGAACAAGAUCUCCUACACAGUCAGUGAGCGUGUGGGUCCAUGGUGGGACUUACCCUCCUACAGGAAGCGAUGGACUCGUCAGAUCCUCAAUGAUGUUUCUUUCCACGUAGACAGUGGGCAGAUCAUGGGGAUACUGGGAAAUUCAGGCUCAGGAAAGACCACGUUACUGGAUGCCAUCUCAGGGAGGAUUGGAAACCGUGGUACACUGUUGGGUGACGUCUUUAUUAAUGGCAGGAAGCUGAAGAGAGAAGAGUAUCAGGACUGUUUCUCCUAUGUACUGCAGAGCGACAACUUGUUGAGUUAUCUGACAGUGGAGGAGACCCUGACAUACACAGCCCAGCUGGCCCUGCGGAAACACUCGGCAGAAGCUAUCAAGAAAAAGGUGUCGGCUGUGAUGGCCGAGCUGAGCCUGAGUCACGUGGCCCACAGUGUUAUUGGAGGUCGUGUUUUCCCAGGGAUCUCUGGGGGUGAGAGGAGGAGGGUUUCCAUCGCCAGCCAGCUGCUUCAGGACCCAAGGGUGAUCCUAUUGGACGAGCCGACCACUGGCCUGGACAGCAUGACCGCCAAUCAGAUUGUGGUGCUGCUGGCAGAGCUGGCCCGGAGGAACCGCAUUGUCAUAGUAACCAUCCACCAACCACGCUCUGAGCUGUUCAGGGUGUUCAGUAGGAUAGCUAUAAUGAGCUGUGGAGAGCUGGUGUUCUGUGGGCAGCCAGAAGAGAUGGUGGACUUCUUUAGUCAAUGUGGAUAUGAGUGUCCAGAGUACUGCAACCCCUUUGACAUCUAUGUUGACUUCACUUCGGUGGACACACGCAACAGUGAGAGGGAGGCAGCCACAUUCAGUCGCAUGCAUGAGAUCACUUCCACCUAUCAGAGGUCUACCAUCUACCAGAGCAUGCUGGGAAAAAUAGAGCAGAGUCUGCAGCGGGUAGAGAAGCCAGCGAUUCCCUUUAAGAGCAAAGAGUCACCCAGCGGUGCUGCCAAACUUGAAGUUCUGCUCAGGCGGACUGUAAGAAACUUGUCCAGGGAUAGGAUGGGUGUACUGAUGCGUCUGUCCCAGAACCUGAUCUACGGUCUCUUUGUGGCCUUCUUCGUCAUGCACUUAGACAACGACGUCACUAAGGGCGCCUUGCAGGACCGCAUCGGCAUCAUCUAUCAGUGCGUUGGUGCUUCGCCCUACACUGGCAUGCUGAACGCCGUAGCUCUCUUCCCGGCAUUGCGAGCCAUCAGUGAUCAGGAGAGUCAGGAUGGUCUGUACAGUAAAUGGCAAAUGUUCUUGGCUUACAUCUUCCACAUCCUUCCCUUCAGCAUCCUGAGUGUCUUCAUCUUCACCUCCUUCCUUUACUGGACGGUGGGGAUGCACCCUGACAGCUUACGGUUCCUGUGUUUCACCGCUGUAGUCCUGGUACCACAUAUCAUAGGUGAGUUGCUGACUGUGGUGCUAUUAGGAGUGGUCCAAGACCCUAACAUGGUCAACACUGGUAUGGCUCUGCUCAAUAUUGCAGGAAUCUUGGUGGGAUCUGGCUUCCUAAGAAGCACCCAGCAGAUGCCAGUGGUCUUCCAAUGGCUCAGCUACCUGACUUUCCAGAAGUAUAGCUGUGAGCUGCUCAUAGUCACUGAGUUCCACGAACUCAACUUCACAUGCAAUAGUUCCAAACUUUUGCCUGGAGCCUGUCUGGUCACUCACGGAAAUCAGGUCAUCGAUGAAGGCUAUCCUGGCGCUCUGUCCCGAUACACACUCGACUUUGUUCUCCUCUACUCCUUCCUCCCUGCCCUCCUGCUGCUGGGCAUGAUCAGCUUCAAGAUCAGAGACAAGCUUGUUCGUCACUAAAGC